UUAGCUUUCACUUUUUACCUCAACACAGAACACAUAAGUGGCAGUUCUCUCUCGGCGCUGGAGCAGUUAGAUUUGCACAGGUAGCAGAAGGUCCGAAAUAAUCCCUGUCAGGACCGAGGGCUGAUUAAUGAUUAAAGAGGAUUAUGAAGGAGGGUCAGAGCUUGGUCAGUAGUGCCUGUAUCUGCUUUCCUAUAACCUGUCUCUACUACUACUACUACUAAUACUACCUCCUCAGUCAUGAUCCAUUUUAGCUUGCAUGCAAAACAAGAAGGGGAAAAUGAGAGAAAUUUCAAGUCAGCCUGUUCAUGAAUGUAUAAGAGACUAAGCGAACUUGUGGAACCGCAAUGCAGCACAAUGAACACAUAAUUAACACAACCAGGCUAAGCUGCUUGUGAAAGACUCCAAGAGUCCAUCUUCCAACCCGAUUGUCAGCACCUCUUCCCGGGGGAAAACAGGAGGUUUUUAAACAAUGGCUGUUUUGAAAGUGACAUUUACCAAGACCAAGAGAGAUAAGCUAGCUCAGGUCCUUUGGAUCCUAAAUUGGAUCUCGGUUAUGACAGGGGUGAUCCUGUUCAGCCUGGGCCUCUUCCUCAAGGUGGAGCUCAACAAGCGUAGGGAGCUGAUGGCCGACAGGGACAUUCAGUACGUGCCCAACAUGCUCAUAUCCGUCGGUCUCAUUGCCUGCGUCAUUAACUUCUUGGGCGGAAAGAUCUGCUACGACUGCGCGGACACUGCCAAGUUCUUACGAUGGAAGCUGAUCAUGCUGCCUUACAUCAUCUGCACCUUCUUCUUCACCUUCUGUGUGCUGGUGGGGGCCCUCUUGUGUUACACUAUGCACUGGGAGCUGGAUGAGUCCCUGAGGGAGGGCCUGACUGAGGCCAUGAAGUUCUACAAGGACACCGACACGCCGGGUAGAUGCUUCCUAAAGCGUGCCAUGGACAUGCUACAGAUAGAGUUCCAGUGCUGCGGCAACAAGGCUUACAAGGACUGGUUUCAAAUGCAGUGGAUCAGCAACCGCUAUCUGGACAUGUCCCACAGGGAUGUGGUUGAUCGUUUGAGGAGCAAUGUGGAGGGCAAGUACCUGAUGGACGGCGUCCCCUUCAGCUGCUGCAACGUCAACUCGCCGCGUCCGUGCAUCCAACAACAAAUAACCAACAACUCGGCCCACUUCAACUAUGACCACCACACAGAGGAGCUCAACCUGUGGACCAAAGGGUGCCACGAGGCGCUCUUGGACUACUACACAGACAUCAUGCACUCCAUCGGCCUCACUGUGCUCAUCACGUGGCUCUUUGAGUUGUCGGUGUUGACAGGGGUUCGUUACCUCCAGACGUCUCUAGAGAACGUGCUGAGACACGGAGACCCCAACUCUGAGUCUGAUGGUUGGCUUCUGGAAAACAGCUUCAUAGAGACGGCUCGGACCAACUUGAACAUCAUCAAGACCCUCAGCAAAAACAACCACGUGGACGCCGCCAACAACGGAGACCCCAACAUCAAUGUACCAUCCACCUCCAAAGCGCACUAUGGGCCAGACAACGUGCAUCCUCAGCAAAUACCAGCAGCCAGCUGACUCAAGCAAUAAAACUGUUGAAAUGUUGGACCUAAACUGACCUAUUGAGUUAGUCAGAGGCCUUUUUAAAUCAUCUAAAGGGACCGUCAGUUGCCUUUUGUGUAUAAUUUUCAUUUAAAGAAAAGAACACUUUUGGGGAUACCUUGUGGCCUUGACCUACUCAUUGAAAGGACAUUUGUUCUCUAAUUAAUUAAGGUUUGGACUGUUAAGCCUGCUCAGUGGCCUUGUGGUUAGAGUGUCCGCCCUGAGAUCAUUAGGUUGUGAGUUCAAACCCUGGCCGAGUCAUACCAAAGACUAUAAAAUGGGACCCAUUACCUCCCUGCUUGGCACUCAGCAUCAAGGGUUGGAAUUGGGGCUUGAAUCACCAAAAUGAUUCCCGAGCGCGGCCACCGCUGCUGCCAUCCCCUCACCUCCCAGGGGGUGGAACAAGGGGAUGGGUAAAAUGCAGAGAAUAAUUUCACCUACCGUAUUUUUCAGACUAUAAGUCACAGUUUUUUUUCAUAGUUUGGCCGGGGGUGCGACUUAUACUCAGGAGCGACUUAUAUGUGAAAUUAUUAACACAUUACCGUAAAAUAUCAAAUAAUAUUAUUUAGCUCAUUCACAUAAGAGACUAGACGUAUAAGAUUUCAUCGGAUUUAGCGAUUAGGAGUGACAGAUUGUUUGGUAAACGUAUAGCAUGUUCUAUAUGUUAUAGUUAUUUGAAUGACUCUUACCAUAAUAUGUUACGUUAACAUACCAGGCACGUUCUCAGUUGGUUAUUUAUGCCUCAUAUAACGUACACUUGUUCAGCCUGUUGUUCAGUAUUCUUUAUUUAUUUUAAAUUGCUUUUCAAAUGUCUAUUCUUGGUGUUGGGUUUUAUCAAAUACAUUUCCCCAAAAAAUGCGACUUAUACUCCAGUGCGACUUAUAUAUGUUUUUUUCCUUCUUUAUUAUGCAUUUUCGGCCGGUGCGACUUAUACUCCGGAGCGACUUAUACUCCGAAAAAUACAGUUGUAUGUGUGUGACUAUCAGUGGUACUUAAAGUGGAUUGUAAUUUCCUUUAUCAAUCAUCAAGCAAAUUCAUUUUUGUUUCAUGUUUGCUAUAUUUAUUUAAUUAGCAUUUAUUUACUCUAUAUACUGUAUACAUACUUUGUAUUGCAAUACAUGAUAUACACUUGGGAAACCAUGUUUAAUACAUACAGGAAUGUCUCAGAAAAUUAGAAUAUUGUGAUAAAGUUCUUUAUUUUCUGUAAUGCAAUUAAAAAAACAAAAAUGUCAUAUAUUCUGGAUUCAUUACACAUCAACUGAAAUAUUGCAAGCCUUUUAUUAUUUUAAUAUUGCUGAUUAUGGCAUACAGCUUAAGAAAACUCAAAAAUCAUAUCUCAAAAAAUUUGAAUA